CAUGGAAGAACAUUUUGCCCAUAAUCUCCAUUCUUUUUGGAGCAUACUGCUCUCACUUUUCUUCUUUUUCAUUUACUCAACUUGCUCAUCCGAACCAGAUGUUCAUAUAGUCUACUUAGGGCACAGCGCGCAGCACGACCAUCAACUCACCUCAGACUUGCAUCAGCAACUCCUCCUUAACGUUUUCAAAAGCGAGGAAGAGGCCGCACAGUCCAUGAUCUAUUCCUACACGUACGGGUUCUCCGGUUUCGCGGCAAAGCUCACAUCGGACCAAGCCACCACCAUAGCCAGAAAGGAAGGAGUAGUGUCGGUGUUCAGGAGCAAGAUCCUGGAGCUGCACACGACAAGGAGCUGGGACUUCAUGGGCCUUCCAUUGCGCGAGACCCCUGAUUAUGACGAAGCCCCUCAGAGUCCAUCCUCAUCAACCUUUGGCGAUGACGUCAUUGUGGGGAUCUUUGACUCAGGGAUAUGGCCCGAAUCCGCGAGCUUCCAGGAAGAGCCCGGAAUGGGCCCGAUCCCGGGGACCUGGAAGGGAGAGUGCAUCUCGGGCCAGAACUUCACCCCGUCCACCGCAUGCAACCGCAAGCUCAUCGGAGCUCGGUACUACUUAACCGGUCUGGAGCAGCAGCUCGGCCCGCUCGACAUUACCCCCGACACCGAGUACCGCUCGCCCCGGGACCGGCUUGGCCACGGCACUCACACGGCCUCCACUGCCGUCGGCUCCAUAGUCCACAACGCCAGCUUCUUCGGGCUCGGUUUGGGCACGGCGCGGGGCGGGGCCCCGAGGGCCCGGCUCGCAGUGUACAAGGUCUGCUGGAAUAAGACCGGUGAUGGCACCGGCAAGUGCAGCGAGGCCGACGUACUGGCGGCCUUCGAUGGUGCCCUAAGGGACGGCGUCCACGUAAUAUCUGCGUCGUUCGGCACGUCGAUCGCGCAGUUGCUCCCGUUCUUCAUUUGGAGCGCGGACAUCGGGAGCUUCCAUGCCAUGCAGAAGGGCGUGACGGUGGUGUUCUCGGCAGGGAACUACGACUACUCACCGGACCCAUCGACGGUCAAGAACGUGGCCCCGUGGUCGAUAUCUGUUGCGGCAUCGACAAUCGACCGCUCGUUCCCAACGCAGAUGGUCUUCGACAACACGGUCACCAUCUUGACUGUGAUGGGACAAAGCUUGAUCACCACCCAAAUAGACGCAAACCUGGCAGAUGCCAGCUCGCAUUUUUACAACGGGACUUGUUCCCGGGGAAGAUGGAACAACAGAAAGGCUGCCGGGAGAGUCAUCCUAUGCUUUUCGACAAUGGGAUUGAUAACCAGCGCCGAGGCAGCAGAUGCGGUCAAGAAGGCUGGGGGAUCGGGUUUGAUCUUCGUUGAGCCUCUAGCUAGGCAAGUCCCUUAUGUCGACGUGGUCCCGACAGUUUACGUCGACAUUUACCAAGGCACCAAGAUCCUACACUACCUCGGUUCGUCCGAAUGGCGCCCAACGGUGCAAAUAACGCCGACCAGAUCAAUAGUCAGGAAGGCACCGGCACCGGUAGUGGCCUACUUUUCCUGCAAAGGACCUAGUGCUCUAUCGCCCGAUAUUCUCAAGCCAGAUUUAAGCGCUCCAGGAGUCAACAUUCUAGCAGCAUGGCCUCCAAACACACCGCCUUCUCAGUCUUCUUCGGACACACGAUCAGUGAAUUGGAAUUUCCAGUCGGGAACGUCCAUGUCGUGCCCUCAUGUGACCGGCACGGCUGCACUUGUCAAAUCAGUUCACCCAGAUUGGUCUCCAGCGGCCAUCAGAUCAGCGUUGAUGACAACCGCUUCCACCAGGGACACCAAUUCUGAACAUUUCCUGUCGGGCGGAUCCACGAAACCCUCCGACCCAUUCGACGUUGGCGCUGGCCAUUUAAACCCGACAAAAGCCAUCGACCCGGGGCUAGUUUACGACAUGAAAGCCAGCGACUAUGUUGUCUUCCUCUGCAACCUCGGUUACACCCAGGAACAGAUAAAAAUGGUGGUCCUGCCGGGGACCAACAUCACCUGCCCACGUGUGCAGACCAGCAACUCGAACCUCAACUACCCCUCGAUCACAGUCUCGGAUCUCCGGACCACAGUGACAAUCAUGAGGACUGUGCGAAACGUGGGCCGGAACAGGAACGCGGUCUAUUUUCCUCGCGUCGUCAGUCCUAGCGGAGUGGAGGUGGUGAUUUGGCCCCGAUCGCUGGUUUUCUCGCAUUACAGGGACGAGAACACGUAUUACGUGACGCUGAACCCGCGGAAGAGAUCUGAGGGGAGGUACGACUUCGGUGAGAUCGUGUGGUCCGACGGGUUCCACACGGUUAGGAGUCCACUGACCGUCUGUGUGAACAACACUGGUGAUGGUGCUGAGUCCAUGUCCUACACUAACAUCUAGGCUCAAGCGGGUCAUUUCUUGUUCAUCUCUUAGUCCACUUUUCAAGAUUAAUAAACAUUAGGCUGCUGUUAUAGCCUAAUCUCGAAGGGAACGUCACUCUACUUGUAAUAAAGACGUCGCCAUGCCUCGAUCAAGAAUGUAACUUGUUGAUCAGGAGUGAUUCCUGGCCAAAGUCGAAUAAUGACGGAGAUACUUUCGAUGUUUC